UAGUUAAUAUAAAUGACUUCAGAAUUAGGUUCUGAAAUAUGCUGAAGAUCUAUGAGAGAUUCCUCCAGGGCUUUAUUUAUGGAGACCACCUCAGUUCUAUGAGAAAACCCUGUGGAGAACAUCAUCCUUCAAAUUUGCUACCACUGCUCUGCUCAUAUCAGACCCAGUCACAUCAGCUGAUCUUUCUCAGGGAGGGACCACAGAUUGGUAGAGUCGCCCUGGACAAUCUGUUCAACAUGUGGCUGAGCAAUCAGACUCUGGGUAGUGACUUUUUCCUGUUGGGACUCUUUAGUCAAAGCCCACACCCUGACAUCCUCUUCUUUAUCAUCUUCGUUAUAUUUCUCAUGGCUGUAUCUGGGAAUAUCAUCUUGAUCCUUCUGAUCCACACUGAUUCCUGUCUGCACACUCCCAUGUACUUCUUUAUCAACCAGCUCUCACUCAUGGACCUCACCUAUAUUUCUGUAACUGUGCCCAAAAUGCUGGUGAACAAGCUGACUGAAGUAAGGACCAUCUCUGCUGUAGGAUGUGGGACCCAGAUGUUCUUCUAUUUGAUGCUGGUUGGUUCAGAGUACUGCCUUCUAGCUGCCAUGGCCUAUGACCGCUAUGUGGCCAUUUGUCAUCCAUUACGAUACUCUGUCCUCAUGAACCACAGGGUGUGUGUUCUCCUGGCAUCUGGCUGCUGGUUUGUGGGCUCAAUAGAUGGUUUCUUAGUCACUCCCAUCACCAUGACCUUCCCCUUCUGCAGAUCCAAGGAGAUCCAUCAUUUUUUCUGUGAGGCCCCUGCUGUAACGAAACUCUCUUGCUCAGAUACUUUCCUCUAUGAGAUUUCCAUGUACCUGUGCUGUAUUAUUAUGUUGCUCUUCCCAAUGUCAGUCAUUUCAGCAUCCUAUUACUUUAUUAUCCUUACUGUUCACAGGAUGAACUCAGCAGAGGGUCGAAAAAAGGCCUUUGUCACCUGCUCUUCCCACAUCACAGUGGUGAUCCUCUUUUAUGGGGCUGCUGUCUAUACUUACAUGCUCCCACGCUCCUACCACACCCCUGAGAAGGACAUGGUGGUGUCCUUCUUCUACACCAUUCUUACACCUGUCCUGAAUCCUGUCAUUUACAGCCUCAGGAAUAAGGAUGUCACAGGGGCUCUGAAAAAAAUGCUAAGACUAGGGAAAGUUCCCUACUAAAAAAGAAUAGAAGAAUUUAAAUCAGUUCUUAGUUUUCACUUCAGAUAUAUUUUGACCAAAAAAACCAAUAUUUUGUAGUGAUGCCUGACUCCCAUAAUUGUUCUUCAUGA